AUGGCAGAGGGGUCGGUACCGGCGGGGGGGUCGGUACCGGCGGGGGGGUCGGUACCGGCGGGGGGGGUCGGUACCGGCGGGGGGGUCGGUACCGGCGGGGGGGUCGGCAGCUCGGCCGAGCACUGCAUGUCUCGGCUGCUGAGCGCCGUGGAGAGCGAGCUGCAGGCCGGACGGGAGAAGGGCGACCCGACGGAGAGGGAGCUCCGGGUGUCGCUGGAGGAGGAGGAGCUGUGGAGCAAGUUCCACCUCAUCACCAACGAGAUGAUCGUCACCAAGAACGGGCGCCGCAUGUUCCCGGUGCUGAAGGUCAGCGUGUCCGGUCUGGACCCCAGCUCCAUGUACUCCUUCCUGCUGGACUUCGUGCCGGCCGAUGGCUGUCGCUGGAAGUUCGUGAACGGAGAGUGGGUGGCGGCGGGACGGGCGGAGGGCCGCGGCGAAGGGCGGGGCCACGGCGGCAUCUACAUCCACCCCGACUCGCCAAACUUCGGAGCUCACUGGAUGAAGGCGGCCGUGACCUUCAACAAGGUCAAACUCACCAACAAGGUCAACACAGGAGAACAGAUCGUGCUGAACUCGCUGCACAAGUACGAGCCUCAGCUCCAUAUCGUGUGCGUCGGCUCUCGUCAUCGCCUCGUCUCCAACGUUUCCUUCAAGGAGACGCAGUUCAUCGCCGUCACCGCCUACCAGAACGAGGAGAUCACUGCUCUGAAGAUCAAAUACAACCCUUUUGCGAAAGCUUUCCUGGAUGCUAAAGAGAGGAACCCGGGCGGUCGGGUACCGGAGUCCUCAGAGAGUCGUGUCGGGAUUCAACCCUGCUGGUCACUGUGCUCAGCCGGAGGGGGCGGAGUCUUUCCCUACGCUGGCGGCCUCCCACUGACCUCACACCAUCACCACGGUUACCCGGGCCGACACACACCGUACCCUCCCCCCUACCUGCCGCACCGCGCACACUCCUCAGGUACCUGUGUGUGUUUUUCACAUCAUAGAUACGUUGUUGAAGACGGGUGGAGCUCCUCCCCCUCCACCAGCGCUGCUUCCUCACAGCCUCCUCCUCCUCACAACUCCAGUCAGUAUCCCUGUCUGUGGACGGUUGGAUGCAGUGAGCUAAGCCCCUCCCACUCACCCUGCACGGCUCUCCACGGACCAAUCAGCAGCGAGAGCCUCAUGCAGCCACCCAGUCACGGUCGAGUGGGCGUGGCCGGAUGGCCACCUGGCUCUACUCACUCUUUCUGAGGAUUGAUGUGAUUGGCCAAAUGGAAAUGAAGACCCCUGGUGCCCAGUGACUACUACUGAGUAUCAGUGUCUUUCUGGUCUUUCUAGUUAUUUGGAGUCACUACCUGGUACCUACUGGUGGCUACCAGUAAGUACCAGUAGCUAUUUGGAGUCACUACCUGGUACCUACUGGUGGCUAAUUGGGACUUGUUGUAAAUACAGUACUUUUAAACUUGUAUCUUCUGGUGAAUAUUUGUACAUACUUUUAUUUACUGGUGGCUAGUUAAGUAUUGGUCUUUUGUUCUGGUGAUUAUUGUACUAAUAUAUAUUAAACUAAUAGAUAAUAUAUAUACUACUAGGCUACAAGUAUUGGUGGCUACUAAUAUCUAUAAAUGGUUACAAAUAUCUACUGAUGGCUCCUAAUAUCUUUUGGAGGCUACUGAUGGCUCCUGAGAUAUAUUGGUGGCUACUAAUAUCUAUUUG